AAACCCUGGUUUUGGCUUCUCAGCUCUCUCUCUCUCUCUCUCUCUCUCUCUCUCUCGGCAGACAUGGGGAGAGAGAAAAUCAAAUCUCUCCUCUCUUGCUUCACUCCAGAAGGAGAUUUUCUGGCCAUUUUAUCUCCAGAUGGAAACAUCAAAGUGUGGAAUACCGUUAGUGGAAAUCUCUUGGGUGAAUGGAGGGACUCAUAUGGGGAUUCGGCUGGUAGUUACUCUUGCAUUGCAUGCACCUUCAUCAGAAAGAAACGAAAAACAGAACACGGAGCAUUCUUGCUUGCUCUUGGCACAAAUGCUGGUGAUGUUUUAGUGAUAAAUAUUCUAACUGGUGAGAAGAACUGGAUAUCUGUUGGAUGCCACCUUGGGGGAACCACAGCAGUUUCAUUUGCAAAGAAAGGCCGUUCUCUCCAUACCACUGGUGCCGAUGGAAUGGUGUCUGAGCUUGACUCCCGAACUGGAGAACUUGUAGGAAAAUUCAAGGCUUCAAAGAAGUGCAUUUCUUCACUAGCGCUUUCAUAUGAUGAGAAGCUCUUAGCUGUGGGAAGUGAUAAGAUACGGGUGUUCAGCUUGGAAAACAAAAGGGAGCUUCAGAAGUUUUCUGCUGAUGGUCCCAUACAGCAUAUUGCUGUCAUGGAUGGUGGAAAGGCUGUUGUGUCAUCUGGGCUUGGUGAGAAACAACUUCAAGUGUGGGAGUGCAAUCAGGAGAACAGAACCAGAAUCUCUAUGGCUGUCCUUUCCAUGCGAAAACCACCAGUGAUGAUGGAAUGCAAAAGCUCCUUUGAGGAUGAAGGUGUGGUAGUGCUAUCAGUUUCAGAGGCUGGUACUGCUUACAUAUGGGAUUUGAGGACCACUCCAAAUCAGGGGGUUACUCCAACUAGAAUCUUGGUGAAAUCUGUCAGAACAGAAAUGGACCAGCAAAAAAGUGCCAAGAAGAACCGCAUUCCUGUAAUUGCUGCAAGGUUACGUGAUAUAGAAAAGGGUGCUCGGAUUUCCGUCAUUGUCGCCUAUGGUUCCCCCAUUAAUCCACAGUUUAAUAUUUUAGAAGUGACCUAUCCUGGAGAGGAAGUUUUCAUAACUGCUGUUGAUGAAACUUCAGUUCCUGGAACGGCUGUGAAUCCUCAAGAAAAUGGGGAAGGCAAUACUGGCAUGGGUCUACAUUCUCCCAAAUCAGAAGGAACAGAUCCCCCAAGCCAAAAGAAAAGAGAGAAAAAGAAGCGAGCACUGUCUGAUACAGAUCCUGUCAGUCCCAGGAAUAAUGUUGAUGCUGGUCAUCUAGAGAUUAGAGAUGGGUUUGACAUCGACUAUGAUAUGAAUGAGCCGACCAUGGGUGAGAAGCUAGCAAAUCUGAAUUUAGUUGAUGAUGCAACAGCAAAGAGCCCUAAAAAGGAGGAUUUAUCUUCCAAUGCGAAGCCCCCAAGUGCAGAUUCAGUUCACGUGUUGCUUAGGCAAGCACUACAUGCUGAUGAUCAUGUGCUUUUGUUAGACUGCUUGUACACACGAGAUGAAAAGGUUAUUGCAAAUUCAACCUCAAUGUUAAAUCCAUCAGAUGUCCUCAAGUUUUUGAACUCCCUCGUAUCCAUGAUCCAAUCAAGGGGUGCAGUAUUGGUUUGCGCAAUUCCAUGGCUAAGAAGCUUACUUCUUCAACAUGCUGGUGGUAUAAUGUCCCAGGAAUCUUCCCUACGUGCCCUCAACUCCCUAUACCAGCUCAUCGAAUCUCGGGUUUCAACCUUUGGGUCGGCUCUCCAACUAUCCAGUUGCUUAGACUACCAUUUUGCAGGGAUUUCUGUUGAUGUUGAUGAUGAGAAGAGCACACUUCUGCCCAUCAUCUACGAGGACAAGGAUGAAAGCGAUGAGGAAUCAGAAUCGGAAGAUGCAAUGGAGACCGACGAAGAGAGUGAAGAACUCGAACACCUCGGUUACGCUCUUGAUGGGUCUGAUUUUGAUGGAAAUGAAAGCAUGAGCGAUUGAUCGAUGAUUGUUGAAGGAUCCUUGAUCUGGUUUUUCAUCCUUCUUUGGUAGGAAGAAUGGAUUUUUUUGCCAAGGUGACAGUCUAGCUGUCAGCAUGGCAUGCGAGCCUUGCCAUGGUUAUUGACCAAUGGCCUUAUGCCACAUGGCAAGUGAUCAGUGUUGUAUCGGAGCAUGUAGUGAAAUUUUGACUUGACAUUAUGACCAAAAAUGUGGGCUUCAUAUUAAAGCCUUUAUUGUUCCGUUGGUGCUCGUGUUUCGACUCUGGCUGGGCUUCAGAGACCUGACUUUUGACUCAGGAGAGAAAUUGGAAAAACCCUUGUAAAGGAUCAGAUUUUGGAAUCUGUACCCAAUUUGACCUGGACUGAGUCAAGUUGAGUCGAGGCGACUCAGUCAAAUGUCUGAGUUCUGAGGCUGCUCGCCUAUUUCUUGAAAAUUGGUAAUGCAGAUUUUUUGCCCA